GGACCGUGAACUGUCAACAUGUCUUUGGCAGAUGAGCUUUUGGCAGAUUUGGAAGAAAAUGAGGCUCCAGAGGAGGAAGUCAUGGACACUGAGGAUGCUGAACGCUGAGAUGAUGAGCAUGUCUUUGUAAGGCCUGCUAUCCCUUCAAAAAUUGAGGACGAGGUGAAAGUGACCAACAUCCGUCAGCUUGCUAAAUUACAUGACUCCGAUCAGCUGAAGUCAAUACUUGAACAGAUAGAAACUUAUAGAUAUAAAGUACGAAAACCCGAAGAUAUUGUUGGGCCUGUGGAGCAAGAUCCCGAAUAUUUGCUUAUUGUGGAAGCAAAUAAUAUUGCAGUUGAGGUUGAUAAUGAAAUAGGUGUUAUUCACAGAUUCACUCGAGAAAAGUAUUCUAAACGAUUCCCUGAGUUGGAAUCCUUGGUUGUUGGACCAUUGGAAUAUGUCAUGACGGUCAAGGAACUGGGAAAUGAUCUGGACAAUGCAAAGAACAAUGAACAACUGCAACAAUUCCUUACACAAGCCACCAUCAUGGUUGUCUCUGUAACUGCAUCUACCACUCAAGGGCAAGCAUUGACACCAUCUGAAUGGGAAAGCAUAGUAGAAGCAUGUGAAAUGGCCAUUAACUUAAACAAUUACAAACUUCGCAUUUAUGAAUAUGUUGAGAGUAGAAUGGCAUUUAUUGCACCAAAUCUGUCUCACAUUGUUGGAGCCUCUACUGCAGCUAAAAUGAUGGGUGUUGCUGGUGGUCUCACAAAUCUUUCCAAAAUGCCAGCUUGCAAUGUCCUACUCCUUGGAUCGCAAAAGAAAACCCUGUCAGGAUUCUCACAGGUCACUACCCUUCCACACACUGGUUUUAUAUAUUAUUCAGAAAUAGUGCAAGAUGCUCCUCCAGAUCUCCGAAGGAAGAUGGCAAGGCUAGUUGCAGGCAAAGGAAUUUUGGCUGCCAGAGUGGAUGCAUCCCAUGAAAGUGCUGAUGCACACAUUGGUCAGAUGUUCCGAGAAGAAAUUGAAAAGAAGUUGGACAAAUUAACAGAACCACCGCCAGUCAAGUUUGUAAAGCCAUUGCCAAAGCCAAUCGAUCCAUCCCGUAAGCGGCGUGGUGGAAAAAGAGUGCGUAAGAUGAAAGAGCGGUAUGCUGUCACAGAACUAAGGAAACAACAAAACAGACUGAACUUUGCUGAUAUUGAUGACGAUGCCUAUCAAGAAGAUCUUGGUUACAAUCGAGGUACUAUUGGCAAAACUGGUACUGGCCGGAUCAGGCUACCUCAGGUUGAUGAGAAAACCAAAGUGCGAAUUUCGAAAACACUUCAAAAGAAUCUUCAGAAACAACAGCAAGUUUGGGGUGGUAGCACCACAGUCAAGAAGCAAGUUUCAGGAACAGCUUCCAGUGUUGCUUUCACACCAUUACAGGGUCUGGAAAUUGUUAACCCUCAAGCAGCUGAGAAAAAUGUCAGUGAGGCUAAUGCAAGAUAUUUCUCCAACACUGCUUCAUUUGUUAAGAUUCAAAAGAGUUAAAUUUUUAAUCAAGAUGGAAUCAUGUGUAAUUUAUGUUUAGAGUUUAAUUCCUCCUCAAUUAAAAAGUUGUUUCCAACCUGCUGUUCAAA